AUGAAGCAAAAUCUUGGACGGGGCGAAUUUUCUCAGUUCCCCAAUUUGUCACAGACAAGCUGCCAGGAAGACGACGUUUCAACUUACGUUCAACAUUUAAAUGUCCUCUAUUCAGAUUUUGAAUCUAGGUUUGAGGAUAUUUUGACUAUGGUAAUACCACCGUGGAUAAUUAAUCUAUAUGGUGACAUAGAAGAAAGGAAUGUCAUAAUACAAGAGGAACUGACUGAACUAAGUACAAACGAAGAACUUAAGGUUCAGUUUAAAAACGGAUAUCAGCAAUUCUGGCUGCAAAACAACAUACCCGUUACUUAUCCCGUAUUAUGGAAUAUAGCGAGGAAAUUUUCAAUUUCCUUUCCAUCGUCAUACCUAGUGGAAAGGGGAUUCAGCGCUGUUACCAAUCUCCUAACGAAAAAAAGAAACAGACUGGACAUCAUUAGCCGACCUGAGAGGGGCAGUGUAUCGUUCCAAUGUGCUCCUAGACACUCGACACUUUUAAUUCUAGUCCCUGUCUCCGGGAAGAUAUAUCCUAAGCAGCAACCGAAGACUACCCUUUGCUCGCUCCUGAAAGAAACGACGGACGUUGAAGACCUUCGUUUACAGGGGUCCAGCAAUGAAAGAAAACAACGGCGUGGAAAUAAUAUCCUCCAGCGGCAUACGAUGACAAGCUCCCCUAUUCAUUCGAAUCCUUAUUUGACGAAUCACUUUCCUCUGAGGGCAUAUGCGGCAAAGCUAGAAAGACUCCUCGGCGCUUUCGCGUACAGGAUCAAUAUUCACCCGGGGGGAUUGUAUCAUUUUGAGUAUGUGUUCCAGAAGAAUAGGACGUCAAGUUUCAAGCAACAGGCAUCCGUACUUUAA